UGCAAGGCAGGCACAAAGACCAAAGAGAGGAUUCAAGUUCCAUGAACAUGGGAAAUUUGAAGCUAUUGCUUCUAGACUUCGUGCUAAGGCCCAGCUGGACAUUUUACAAAGUGAGAUAGCACAAGCUGCUAAGAAGACGGGUAUUGCCUCUGCUGCUAAACUAGCUACCAUUGCACCAAAGAAAGAACUGAGAGAGGGUGAGAUCCCCACUGUGGAAUGGUGGGAUAGCUUUCUCCUCCCUAAUGACAGUUAUGAUGGAAUUGAGGACAGGCUGAGAGACGGAAACUUUGAAGGCAUCACACAUUUGGUGGAACAUCCUAUACAGCUCAAACCCCCAAACGAACCUGAAAAAGGACCGCAGAUACCUGUAUAUCUCACCAAGAAGGAGAGGAAAAAAUUACGUCGACAAAAUCGUCAGGAGAAUCAAAAGGAAGUGACGGAGAAGAUACGACUGGGACUGAUGCCCCCGCCAGAACCUAAAGUUCGGAUGGCUAAUUUAAUGCGAGUGUUGGGAACAGAGGCUGUACAGGACCCUACAAAAGUAGAGGCCCAUGUCAGAGCACAAAUGGCCAAAAGACAAAAAGCACAUGAAGAGGCUAAUGCAGCAAGAAAACUGACAGCAGAACAGAGAAGCUUGAAGAAAGAGAAGAAACUGAAGGAGGACACAUCAUUAGGGGUCCAUGUAUCUGUGUACAGAUUAAGAGAUUUGACAAAUCCAGCCAAGAAGUUUAAGAUAGAAGCUAACGCUAAGCAGCUGUACAUGACAGGGAUAGUUAUCAUGCAUAAGGAGUGUAACGUAGUGGCAGUUGAGGGCGGGCCAAAACAACAGAGGAAAUUCAGGCGACUCAUGCUCAACAGAAUCAAAUGGAACGAGGAUAAACAUAAAAAAUCAGCAAAAGAUGAUGAUGACAGUGAUUCAGAGGAAGAGCAGGAUAAAUCUAACAAAUGUGUUCUAGUGUGGGAGGGAACCACCAAACAAAGAGCUUUUACAGACUUUAAGUUUAAAGUGUGUCCAACAGAGGCAUUCGCUCGUGAACAGUUUAAAAAGUGUGGUGUGGAGCAAUACUGGGACUUAGCCUUCAGUGGAGCUGUGUUAGAGUCCACACAAGACGAGGACUUCUUAUAGCAUCAAUGUCUACUCUGAUCUGCUUUCCAAUGAAAGAGGGAAUGAUGUUUUAUAAUUAAAAUUUACCACUGUUAUACAUGUGAUUAAAGCAGUAUUUCAUGACAUCAACACUGAAUUAAAAACCACAUGGAUGAGGAAAUUCUUAUGCUAUCCAAAUUGUGAAAAAAGUGCAAAAAAAAAAUUAAAAAUGAGAAAGAAAAAGAAAGGAAAACAGGAUUGAAUCUUGAUUUAAUUGAAUAAAGUGGUGGAAAUAUUGUUA